GCCGUACAGGGACUAGGCGACUGGGCACUAUUGUGUAGGCAAGUAAGAUUCAAGGUUACGCGCGCACAAUAGUCUCAUCUUUUUCAGUUUUACGUACUAUUUGAAGAGCUUUUAGUUUAAAAGAUGCGAUAGUUUAAGGAAUUUUCUUCACUGAUCAAUGUAGAAAAAAUAUUUGAUAUUUGUUUAACAGGUUAUGAAUGGUGAUCGACUACUAAAACCAAGAAGGUGUCCUGAGGAGAUGUUUAGAAUUGUGGAGAGGUGUUGGCAUGCGGUAAGCUGCUUGCAGUGUCACAUUAUUUUUUUUUCUCAGUGGUAUCAGGUUGAAUUACUCUUUUUACGAGUGAAGAAUUGUGAUCAAAGUUCACAGACACUAGAAAAGAAUUAAGAGUAUAGAUUAUUUGAACCUCGGAGACAGAACAGAUACCGUGGAAAAAGAGAUUUCUUCAGUUAUGUCUGGGUUUGUCUUGGUUUGCUUUUUUUUGCGAUAGGAUUUUAUAAAAAUACUGUGUGGGAAAAUCCUGAAAAAAUUGAUUCGCGUCUACCUUUUCGUUGCGUUGUUGGUGAAAAGUCUUGUGACUAACUUAAAACUUUUAGCUGAUCAGAGGUACAGCACAUGAGGAUUUUCUAAAAUUUCAAGCCAAUCAGAACUUUGAAAACUUGGCGCUUUCCCUUCAAAAACGUCUGCAAGAAGGAAAAACUUUCUCUAAAUUUAGUUGUUGUUGUUCUUUUCCCCAAGGAACCAGAGUGCAGACCGGCUUUCGCGUCAGUCUACAGAAGUAUUCUAGAGUUUACUGGUGAAGAUAACCUCCCUUUGGAGAGUAAGGCGCAAUAA